GCCGAAAUCAAAACCAAAACAUUGGAGUUUCACUGAUGGCUUCCUGACUUAGGAUAUUGCUUUCAAUACAAGUAUGAAUACAUCACACAAUGUACUUGAAAAUGAGACCAAUGAGGAUGAUACAGCUGAGGCAGAUCUCAAUGUCCAUAAAUUAUUAUUAAAGAAAAAGAGGUAUAAAGAAUGGCUUGAACAUCAAAAAGCCGCACAUGAAGUACUAUGCGAGUAUAAGCGUAGUGUGUCAUCAACAGAUGACUUGGAUGAACUGGGUGAGAAGAUUGCUAGUCUUCAAACUCAUUCAUUGAAAGUGUCAGAAAAUCAUGCUGCUGAGGAAUUCCAAUUACAAUCUGUAUUAGAUUCCUGCAUGUUGGAAGAAGCACUGCUGCCUGCAGACGAGUGUGAAGACUUUGAUGAAAGUGAACAAAAAGUAAUUAUAGAGAUGGCAGAAAAGCAAUUUAACUUGUCUCAGAAGAUUCUAAAGGAAAACAAAGAAAUGGCUGCAUUGCGGGCAGAACUAGACGAGUGUACCAAACAGUCUUUCGACAUUAACAAGACAAACCAAGAGGCAGUGGCACGCUUGCAGCAAAUGAAAGAAAACAGAGGAGACAAUACUGAUGAUGCCGUAGCGAGUGAUGAUUUGAAAAGGGUUAAAGAAGAACUUGAAGAACUCCGCGUAAACACUGAAUUGGUCCGAGGUAUCUUCCAGGGGAUUAUUGUUGGCAGUGGGAUCAACUGGGCUGAAGACGAUAAACUUUCAAAAACAGUUAUUAGCCUAGGAAAACCAUUUGACCCAUAGGAGGAAGAGUGACAAUUGCUUGUUGUUUUAGCUUUUUGGAAAAUUUUUGUCGUUUGGGUAUUUUUAGGGUGACGGUCAUCGGAACAUAUGCAAGGUGUUAAAUUGGUUUAUUUAGACAAUAUUCAAGUGUAUGCAGACACAAUGACUCUGUAAAGUUGCACUCUGAGAGCAUUCAUGGAACCUAAUUAGGGACUUAUCAUGUGACAUAUUAUAUGGAUUUCAAUUUGCUCAAAUUGCGGGAAAUGUACAUGUAUGUCUGCGCUUUUCUUAUAUUCUCAAUAUUUCUGGAAAUGAACCCUAAUUUUAAAGCCAACAAACAAAAUUGAAGUAAUUUUUUUAGUUUUUACUCAAAAGAUUUGGCUAUUUUUGUCCCAAUCUUCUGAAUGACUACUACAGGAUUAUUUUGCAAAUUUUUUAUGAAAACAGGGAACUAGUGGUAUGAAGGUUAAAUGCUUUUCAGCACAUCAAAACAUUGGUAAUGUGGUCCCCUGUAAUGUGUGCAAAUUUAGACCAUCAAUGGGUUCACAUAAUAGCCCCAAUAAAGCUCAAUGAAUGUGUAACUUUAUCAGUAUCAUUAUAUGUACAUAUUUGCCGCAUAGACCUUAGUUACCUAUAAUGGUAUUAUUGGUCAUUCAUUUCUGAAGCUCACUAUCCAUUGUCAAUAUUUGUAAGUGGAAAUGAUGUCACUUUUAAUACAAGUUAUACCACUUUUGGUCAUAUGAGCCAUUCUUCUGCUGUAUAUAUAUUAUGUAUAUAUUUAAACUAUUACAGUUGUAUUCAUAUGGGGAUUGUAAACCACUAUUGAAAGUAAAUCUCACAAACUU